GGGCUCUGUUACACUGGAUCAGAUCUUCAUCUGAGCAUUCAGUCUUCUAGUGACUCAAGCGAGAUAUUAGCUGUCCAGAAUGAACUCUUUCCAUUUUACAAAGGACCCACCAGAUGACCAGAUGUACACAGAUAUCAAGUCACUCAAUAAGUUUGAGGAAAAGCCGUUUUGUCAGCUGUUAGACAUCGUGUUUUCGUUUCUUGUCUCACCGAAGGAAGGUUCAAGAUUCAUGUCCCAAAUUGCAGAAUUCGCUGAAGAACAUGGACUGGGAACUAAUGCGUUGAAAAAUGUCGUCAAAAGUUUGCUUAGCUUCUUCAAGAGUGCAUUAAAAAGUAAUUUAACACCGGCUCAAGUGAAAGAAGACCUGGAACAUCUCGGUAAGCUUAGGAAAAUAGGAUAGGAAAGUUUUGCUGGUAUUCCCUCCCCCUACUCCCUUAAAAUAGAGAGUACGAGGGGGGCUGGGGUAGGGUAACUGUCAAAGGCGUGUGGAACAUUCAUAGGCGAUCCCGAAAAGUAUCAAAAUCUAUGUUUGGCAUGAAGUAUGAAAAGUUGCUUAUCUUUGGAGUUAUUAAGUGUUAACUAGAAAAGUUUUGUGGAACUCAGUGCUGAUAGUGUGCAUUAAUUAGCAUUGUUGAAUACAUUUCUGUGGUACAGCCAUCUGUUGGGGAAAUAUACUAAAACUGGUAAGGAGUGUUACAUAGCCUUUUAUAUCCCAGCUAAACUUUGCCUUAAUCAUAUUGAGCCACAUGAGACUUUAAGAUUAUUUCAAGGUAAAACACUAGCUGAUGCAGUUGAUCAUUUCCUAUCACCUAUUUGUUAUUUCUGGGAGCCAACAGAUUCAGGAGCUAACUUGUAACAUGUAAGAGAUUGCCUUAAAAAAUAAAAGGAAUGCAGCCUUAUGUUGUUGGAAUACUUUUGUACAGGUUUGUCUGCAGAGAAUUCUCCCCACAUCUCCGAGCGAUGGAAGGCAAACCUUGUUGCUCUGUCACGCUCUGUUGUUGGUCAAACAUUCAUGGUGAAUGAACUUGUCGACAUGGAAUGGAAGUUUGGGGUUACAGCUGGAAGUAGUGACUUAAAAGUUGUGGGACAAACAUUUUUACAGUUGAAGAUGGUGGUGGAUCGUGGUGGUGCACAAGAAAAUGUUUUUAUGGAAAUGACUUUGCCACAGUUCUAUUCUUUCUUGCACGAGAUGGAGAAAGCUAAGUCUGCCCUUGAAUAUUUUAGUUGA